AUGGCCGCUGGGAGCUGUAGUCCGGAAGCCAGCGGCUCUGUUCCUAUUGGCCCUUAUCCGCGCUCUGAUUGGAUGAGCGGGACGCGCGGGGGGCGGGACCGGAGGGCUGAUUGGUUGUUGGGCGCCGGAAGUGGGCGGGGUCAGAGCCGGAAGGGGCGGACGCAACGUGGAGCCGCGGCCGCUGGGGCGGCUCCGGGGGGGGCCUGGGCUGAGGGAUGCGGCUGCCGGCCUCCGUCCGUUUCGCCUCCGCUCUCUGUCUCCUCUGGCUCAUUGGUUGGUUCCUGCUGCGCCAGCCCCGCCCCCCCCCCCGCCCUGCAGCGCCUGCUGCUGUCACGCCCUGAGGCUCCGCCCACCGCAGCGCCCCGCCCCCCCCGGUUCAAGUGCGGCCUCCCCCGGCCCUGCCCCCCCGCGCACUUCGCGUUCCGAUUGGUCAGCGGAGCCGCCAACGUCAUCGGGCCCAAGAUCUGCCUGGAGGACCGAGUGUUAAUGAGCAGCGUCAAGAACAACGUGGGCCGAGGCCUCAACAUCGCCCUGGUCAAUGGAGUCAAUGGGGAGCUCAUUGCCGCUCGCGCCUUCGACAUGUGGGCUGGGGAUGUGGAGGAGCUGCUCAAGUUCCUGCGGCCGCUGCACGAGGGGACCUUGGUUCUGGUGGCUUCGUACGAUGACCCUGCCACCAAGUUAACGGAGGAGUCCCGGCGCCUCUUUGGGGAGCUGGGCAGCGCCGUCGCCAUGGACUUGGCCUUCCGGGACAGUUGGGUCUUCCUGGGGGCCAAAGGGGUUCAGGAGCGGAGCCCCUUUGAGCAGCACGUCCGGAACAGCCGCGGCUCCAACAAGUACGAGGGGUGGCCGGAGGCGCUGGAGCUCGAGGGCUGUGUCCCCCGCAGGGCCCCCGACCCCCCCUGACCCAUAAGUGCCCUGCUGGGACCCAUAAGUGGCCCCCUCCCCCCCGUCCACUGUGUGGUCCCAAAGGGCAAAUAAAGGCUGGGCCCGAAUGGA